UAGUACUAAACUAAAAGCAGUAGCCGAAUACCCCCUUUCUUUUUUCCCCAAUACGCGUUUACCUUUCUGCAUAUUUGCAGCAGCAGCGUCGGUAGUCUUCUAAACUCCCUUCUCUUUUUUUCUCUACUCCGGCGUACCCUUUUUAUUCAAUUUGCUGUACACAUUUUAUAUACCCAAAAAAAAAAAAAAAUUACUACGUAAGGAGGUUGCUUUUAUUUCUUUGUUCAAGUGUUGUUGUCAACAUAUCUCUGUUGAUGAAAUUUGAAUCAGAUCCAUACAUGUUGAGAUCUUAAAUUCUUGAUAUACUUUUUGGGUAUAAAAUUUGUUUCUGGAGGUUCUGGGUCACAGAAAAUAGGCGAAUCUUGGAUUGCAAUGAAGACAACAGGGAGAUUCUUCACGAUUGGGCUAGUAACAUCAUGGUAUUCGUCGAACAUUGGGGUUUUGUUGCUGAACAAGUAUUUGCUAAGCAAUUAUGGGUUCAAAUAUCCAAUAUUUCUUACCAUGUGUCAUAUGACUGCUUGUUCUUUGCUAAGUUAUAUAGCCAUUGCUUGGAUGAAAAUGGUGCCAAUGCAGACUAUAAGAUCUAGGGUUCAGUUCUUGAAGAUCUCUGCUUUGAGUGCUAUAUUUUGUGCCUCUGUUGUUAGUGGCAAUAUCUCCCUUAGGUAUUUGCCUGUGUCCUUCAAUCAGGCUAUUGGUGCUACCACUCCCUUUUUCACUGCUGUAUUUGCUUACCUAAUGACGUUCAAGAGGGAGGCUUGGUUGACUUAUGUCACUCUCAUUCCUGUUGUCACUGGGGUUAUCAUUGCCAGCGGGGGAGAGCCAAGUUUUCAUCUAUUUGGGUUUAUAAUGUGUAUCGGCGCGACUGCUGCAAGGGCACUCAAGUCAGUGGUUCAGGGAAUUUUGCUUUCCUCUGAAGGGGAGAAGCUGAAUUCCAUGAACCUUCUACUCUAUAUGGCUCCUAUAGCAGUCGUACUUUUAUUACCUGCAACGCUCUUGAUGGAAGAUAAUGUAGUUGGUAUAACAUUGGCACUUGCAAGAGAUGAUAUAAAAAUCAUCUGGUUGUUGCUGUUCAAUUCUGCCCUUGCUUAUUUUGUUAAUUUGACCAAUUUUCUGGUCACAAAACACACCAGUGCUCUGACUCUUCAGGUCCUGGGAAAUGCAAAAGGUGCUGUAGCUGUUGUUGUCUCAAUCUUAAUAUUUAAGAAUCCAGUGUCAGUUAUAGGGAUGCUUGGCUACACACUCACAGUUUUCGGAGUAAUACUCUAUAGUGAAGCAAAGAAACGUAGUAAGUGAAAUAUGAACCUGGAAAAGCAUCAACCACGACUUUGAUAUCAAUUGAUGUUCAAGGAAAGUCAAGCGCUUGCAGUUGGUAUCUAGGAAUUUUUCCCUCAUUUAUUUUUUGCCAGGUAACAUGGGAAACAAGAUUCAAUCUGUACCCGGGAAGAGCCAGAGUAGCCUGAAUAGAUCCGUAAUAAGUGACUUAAUUUGUCUAUACAUUCUUCCCACCAUAGGGUUAAGAAUGAAAGAUCUUUUUAUCUUUAUUCUUUGAGGAAACUGUUGACUAAGACUACAUUAUAUGUUACUGUAGUUAUCAUGAUGAGAUUUAUAAAUUGGAAGGAAGUGAAAUUUAGAAAUAUGUAAAUCGUUUCUCCUUUAUGUUGAAAAAGAAAUGAUUUUUGAAAGGACUAUGUUUGAGAUGUUUGCCUAGUGAUUAUAGUUC